CGAAGAAUGAGCGCUAGCGCUUAGUCGGGCGAGCACAAUUAACUCACAUCAGACCACUUUUUGAUCAUUUUUGACCGGUCAUUUCAAGUAGGAAUUAUAAGGGCUUCAGAUUCAGAAGUCAUAGACUCGAGUCACUUCAGCAUCAACCUUUCUUCUGUUUCCACUCGUAAUCGAAAGUGUCUUCAGACUCUAGGGUAUCAUGGAUCCUCGUCCAAGGGUAAUAUGUCUUCCAAACACCAUGACCAACUGGCCCUGGCCCCGUGCGAUGAAUCCUCAUUAUGAAGUUGUGAAAGCUGAAGUUGAUGCUUCGUUCCGUGAAUUCAAGGCUCUGAGUGCCGAGUCACAGGAAGCAUACGACAAAUGUGAUUCUGCCCGUUUAGCAGGACUGGGUUAUCCAAAUGCAUCAAGAGAACACCUUCGAGUCGCCUGCGAGCUCAUCAAUGUUUUCCUCAUCGUGGACGAGUACACCGACGUUGAAAAUGCAGCAGUUGCCGAGGCAAUGGUGGGCAUCGUCAUCGAUGCCCUACACAAUCCUCAUAAGACACGACCAGAAGGCGAGUGCAUCCUCGGUGAAAUCGUACGACAAUUUUGGGCUCGUGCGAUUCAGACCACAAGCCUACCUUUUCAACGUCACUUCCUUGACAGCUAUACCGCAUACCUUCGUGCAGUGAUUGUCGAGGCUCUCGACCGCGAUAAGGCUCAUUGCCGUAGUAUUGGCGAUUAUAUCAAGCUCCGGCGGGAUACAUGUGCUGCAAAACCUGCCAUCGCAAUAUACGAAAUGGCAAUGGAUCUUCCCGAUGAGGUGUUUUAUCACCCCGUCAUUGUCGAACUGGUCGAAUGCAUUGCAGAAUUGAUGUUGAUUGACAAUGACAUGAUCUCGUACAACAGAGAGCAAGCGACAGGGGACGAAAACCAUAACUUGAUCACUACUGUUAUGGUGGAACUUGGCCUCGACAGAAGCGGUGCGAUGGUCUGGGCAGCACGCUAUCACACUGAAGUCGAGAAAAGGUUCACCGAUGGUCUCGCCAAGGUACCUUCGUGGGGACCUUCUACCGACGUUCUAGUCAAGGAGUAUCUUGAUGGGAUGGCAACAUGGGCUCGAGCAAACCAUUCUUGGAGUUACGAAACUCAAAGAUACUUGGGUACAAGGGGCCUAGAGAUACAGCGAACUGGUCUUGUCCCAUUACUGCCCAGGGUCAACUGCAAAGCCUCAUCCGCGGGAGCAAAGGUCAAUGUGGCUGAUUUAUCCAUGAUGGAUGCCACAGCAGACCGUAAGCAUCUGGAAGCUCCAGACCAACCCAACUCGUAACUCGUGUAUUCCACAAGCGCCGGGCCCACCGUCGCCCUAGGUGAUAAGUGUAAUAUAAUCCACAUCUGUUCAGAAGAACGGGCAUAGACCGCAGAUAAUGUUGCAGCGAAUAUGAAAUUUAUCUUCAGGUGUGGGGCUCCUCUCGGAGUUCGCAGCUCGUUUUCCAUGCAUGUACCUCAGGUUUCGUCGACUGAUUGUUCAAGUUCGUCAGAUACACAGUAGC